GUACGCGGAGCCGUCGCCGACAUCAGCAUCAGUAGAGGAGCGAGCAUCGCGCAGACCGGCCGUCCAGCGCGCUCGCGCGCUCUUGUAAAUAUACACCCACGUCGCAGCAGUCUUCACGUGACAGGGCCAAUCUCGUCAGGGGAUCAUGCCAGUCUAGGAGCGCACGUCUCUCCCACAUAGUCUUCCCCCUCUGUGCGUUACGAGGGGGCUAUGCGCGAGAUCAGCCGGAUCAGCUGGACGCAGAGGCUGAUAUAGAUCGCCUCUCCUCGACGCAGAGGAUGACCAAGAGGAUGGAGGGCAACAACGGCUACCUCAGGUCGCCGAUCAUCGGCGAGCAGGGCGACAUGCCGAUGACCGACAGCCCGGACGUUCCCGCCACAGCUGCGCCGGCUUCGCUACAGGUAAAUUACGGCCGCAGCGGCUCGACGACGACGAACGUCGUGAGGCCGAACGGCCGUAGGCCCAUAGGAAGCUUCGCGAGCGUGGGCUCGGUGACGAGGCGACGUCGCGGCCCGACGAGCAAGCAGCAGCUCAUCAGCAUCCUCGUGAUCGCGCUGUUGACCAUGUGCGUCUUCAGUCUCCUCUUCACCCUCAACAUGUCGAGGGAGUGCACUCAGGAGCCGUAUCCUAACGUCUGCCUGACGGAAGAGUGCGUCCGAACAGCGGCGAGUCUGCUCUCAGCGAUGGACAGGACAGCGGCGCCUUGCGUCGACUUUUUCCAGUACGCCUGCGGCACGUGGAACAAGCUGCACGUUAUCCCCGAGGACCGGAGCUCGGUAUCCACCUUCGAGGUGCUGGCCGAUCAGCUGCAGGUCAUCCUUAAAGGAUUACUCGAGGAGCCGCCCGACUUGAACGACAGCAACGCCACCCUCAAGGCCAAGCUGUUCUACAAGUCCUGCAUGGACAUCCCCAAGAUCCGGGAGAUCGGGGAGCAGCCACUGCGCGAGAGGCUGCGUUUGCUGGGCGGCUGGCCGGCGGUGGAGGGCGACAAGUGGCAGGAGCCGAGGUACCCGAUAGAGGAGCUUCUGGGAAAGCUGCGGGGCGAGUACAACGAGGGAGUGCUGCUCGAGCAGUGGGUCGGGCCCGACGACAAGAACUCCUCGACGAACAUCCUCCAGCUCGACCAGAUGCAGUUGGCGCUGCCGAGCCGUGAUUACUAUCUGAAGAGGAGCAGCGAAGUGCAGCUCGCGGCUUAUCACCGCUACAUGACCAACGUCGCGGUCUUGCUCGGCGCCGAUCCCAAGAACGCCUCCGAGGAAUUCGAGAAAGUCAUCGCCCUGGAGAUCGAGUUGGCUAACGCUUCCCUACCGGAGGCUGACCGACACGACACCUCGUCGAUCUACAGGAAGCUGACGCUGCGCGAGCUGCAGCGGGAAGUGCCUCAGCUCCGCUGGCGGCUCUACCUCGAGAAGUUCCUCGUGUCGCCGAUCAACGACGAGGAGCCGCUCGUCGCUUACGCGAUGCCCUACUUCGUGCAGAUGGGCCAGAUCGUUGAGAAAACGCCGAGAAGGACGCUGCACAACUACAUCCUCUGGCGGCUGGUGAUGUCGAUAAUGCCGCACAUGAUCGACGACUACCAGCAGAAGCGCAUCGAGUUCCGGAAAAUCCUGCUGGGCAUCCUGAGCGAGCGGGUGCGCUGGUCCCGCUGCGUCGAGUGGACCAACAAGAAGCUGGGCAUGGCUGUCGGCGCUCUCUUCAUACGGGAGAACUUCAAUCACGAGAGCAAGGAAACCGCGCUCGAGAUGAUUCACACGCUGCGCGAGGCCUUUAACGAGCUGCUCGCUGAAAACUACUGGAUGGACGACGAGACGAGAGCCGUGGCCAAGAACAAGGCCGACUCGAUGAACGAGCGCAUCGGCUAUCCCGAGUUCCUCAAAGACCCCGUCGAGCUCUCCAACGAGUACAUAAUGCUCAACAUAACGGAGGACCGGUUUCUCGAGAACAUCUUCGCCGUCCUCAAGUACGACGCUUACCAUAACUUGCAGAAAUUGCGACAGCCCGUGGACAAGGACAAAUGGUCGACGGAGCCCGCCGUCGUCAACGCAUUCUACAACCCGAACAAGAACGACAUAGUCUUUCCGGCUGGGAUCCUGCAGCCGCUGUUCUACUCGCAGCACUUCCCCAAGUCGCUCAACUACGGCGGCAUCGGCGUCGUCAUCGGCCACGAGAUAACCCACGGCUUCGACGACAAGGGCCGGCAGUUCGACAAGGACGGCAACAUGAUGCAGUGGUGGAACAACGCGACGAUCCGGGCGUUUCGCGAGCAGGCCCAGUGCAUCGUCGACCAGUACUCGAGGUACAAGGUCCAGGAGGUCGACCAGUACGUCAACGGCCGCAUGACCCAGGGCGAGAACAUCGCCGACAACGGCGGCCUCAAGCAGUCCUUCAGGGCGUACAAAAAGUGGGUGGCGACGCACGGCGAGGAGCCGCUCCUGCCCGGCGUCAACCUGACGCACGACCAGCUCUUCUUCCUCAACUACGCGCAGAUCUGGUGCGGUUCGAUGCGUCCCGAGGACGCGCUCACCAAGAUCCGCAGUAGCGUCCACUCGCCGGGGCCCGUAAGGGUGCUCGGCCCGCUGUCCAACAGCGAGGACUUUGCCAGGGCCUACAACUGUCCCAAGGGCUCGCCCAUGAACCCGACGCGCAAGUGCAACGUCUGGUAGUAGCGCAGGCUACCCCUUGUCGAGACGUGCCAAAGAAGACAACUUUCUUAUUCAACGAGAAAAUAUUCCGAGACACCGAGGCGGAGAGUCAAGCGGGAGAAGAGGAGAAUUGAACAAAUAAUAAAUCAAAUCAAACACACACACACACACACACACACACACACACACACACACACUCAGCUACACAUCUAUAUCUCACACACGCAGACACGACUCUCAAAGAGCCGCGUCGCCCAUCGAUCUCUCGUUCUCGUCUAGAUGUUCGUCGUCUUAUUUCGUCGUAAGAAAAACAAAAGAAACAAAUUUUAAAAGAAUGCGCAAAACCGGACUCGAGAGUUGAGAUACAAGAUAGUCAUAUUCGAGGGAUUAACUGGGAAUGUUGAGCGUGCAGGUAUUAUACAUAUGAGAUAUAAAGAUAAAUGAAAAGAGACACCGAUGUUAUGCGUUUGUUGAGAGAUUUACUCUAGUAUUGGAACAUAUCAUCCAUACAUUAGCAUGGUCCAUGCCGAUCUUGCUUGUUUUUAUGUAAAAAAAGGUGGAAAUAAAAGUACUAUACAACAGACAGAA